AUGAAGUUGCAGAAGAGCAUUCUAGAAUCUAGUUCCCUACUUCUAUUCGCACCAAAAACGAACCCUUCUACAAAGUUCCCAACUUUCAAACUCCUCCAGGUCGGUUUCCGACUCUCUGUCGAAGUAAACCCUCGUAAAACCCUCACACUUCUCAUACCAAGCCAAAUCAGAAUGGUGCUGAUCAAAGCUUUUCUCCAAAACCAAUCCAUGAUAAUAUCAGUGGCCACCUCUCUCGCCGCCUCAGCAAUUAUCGUCCGAAACAUUGCCAACGAUCUCGUCCCCGAAGCCGUCCAUGAAUACUUCCAGAAGCUCUCCACUCGUUUGUCUUGUCAGCUCACCGUCGUCAUCGACGAGUUUGAAGGGCUCACCCAAAACCAAAUGUUCGAGGCAGCCAGCGUUUACUUGGCCAGAAAGUUAUCGCCUUCAACUCUGAGAAUCAAGGUACAUAAGCCACAGAAGGAGAAGGAACUAGCAGUGGCAAUCGACACGGAUCAAGAACUGGUCGAUUUCUACAAGGGUGUGAAAUUCGGGUGGGUUUUGGCGUCUUCGCGCAUUGACAUGUUGGAUUCAAAUAAAAAAAGCAAUCAAAACCGACUUUCAAGACCCGAGCUACGACGCUUUAAGCUUCGUUUUCACAAGCAGCAUAGGGACAUGGCGCUGAGCUCUUACUUGCCCUACAUUCUUCAACAAGCAAAAGCGAUAACAGAAGAGACAAAGACGGUUAAGAUUCACACCAUUGAUUACAAUGGUACGGAUUAUUGGAGCUCCAUCAACCUCAACCAUCCGGCAACUUUUGAUACAAUGGCCAUGGACCCAGACACGAAGAAGGCUCUGACGGAGGAUCUUGAUAGGUUUACAUUAAGGAAGGAGUAUUAUAGGAGGGUAGGCAAGGCUUGGAAACGUGGAUAUUUGUUGUAUGGACCGCCCGGUACCGGAAAAUCAAGCUUAGUGGCAGCCAUGGCCAAUUAUCUUAAGUUUGACAUCUAUGACAUGGAUUUGAGGGAGGUUCAGUGCAAUUCGGAUCUGCGGCGGUUACUGAUAGGCACGGGUAGUCGAUCAAUACUGGUAGUAGAGGACAUUGAUUGUUCAGCUGAGUUGCAGAAUCGGGAUCUGGAGAAGGGAGCCAAAUCUGAAGAGGAUGGCAAGAUUACACUGUCUGGUCUUUUGAACUUCAUUGAUGGAUUGUGGUCAAGCUGUGGAGACGAGAAAAUCAUUGUGUUUACGACGAAUCACAAAGACCGUCUAGAUCCUGCGCUGCUGAGGCCCGGUCGCAUGGAUGUGCACCUCAACAUGUCAUAUUGCUCUUUUAGUGGUUUCAGGACAUUAGCAUCUAAUUACUUGCAAAUUCAGGAGCAUCCACUGUUCGGAGACAUCAAAGAGCUAUUAGAGAAGACGGAGACGACACCUGCGGAAGUUGCAAGAGAGUUGAUGAAGAGUGAUGAUGCUGAAGUUGCACUACAGGGGCUUAUCAAGUUCCUCCAAAGCAAAAAGGAGGAAACUGGGCAAAUCUAGUAAGCACAGUGGACAAGUCCAGUAAGUUGAGGGCAUUUGUAUAAGGUUGGAUCAGUACAACGAAAUUCUAACGCAACGGUUUUGUUUUUUUUUUUUUCAAUUUUUAUUAUAACUUUAUAAAGAACAUAAAUCUGCAUUGUCGGGUGAGAAAGCGAAAUAGUCUAUAAAUAUUUAUGAAAUGAGUUGUGCUGGGCGGCAGGAUUAAUCUGCCGGGCACCGCUUUGCGUUUUUUUCU